AAGGUUGCAAAACUAUUGGAAAGCCUCUCCUUACUAUCUUGAAGAAAAUGUUUCAAAGAAAAGCCAGAGUAUGGACAUAGAAAGAUAUUCUGACAGGGAGAAGCCAAAGAGCACCUCAAAACGCGAUAGUCUUAGCCAGAUUCUACAACUCCAAUCUCAUAAUUUUCCUAAAGAAUUGAUUGGAGAUUCAAGGAGAGCUCAGCGAAGUGCCAAAAAGAUGCGAUGGAAUCUAGACUCAGGCUUGGAGAAAUUAGAUAUGUUCGAGAAAUUUGAACAGGGUUUUGAGGAUCCAGGCAAAGAAGGAAAGGAAAAGAAAGGUGAUGGAGAAGAAGACAAUACAGAUGAAGAGCCGGGAGAACUGUCUGACGAAUCAUACAGUGAUGAUGGAGAUUAUAAUGAGGUCAAUAUAAAGUUUUAGAUGCUAAUUCACAUGAUAUCAGCAUAUAUUAUUCCCUUUUAGUUUUAUGCUAUAGGCAGUAUCCUCGGUUGGAGAAAGUUUGAAAGGAUCCAUUAAACUUCAAAUGAAAAGAAUAGCUUCACUUAUUGGAAUUC